AAAAAUUGUUUGUCAUUGCUUGUUCUAACUAUUUUGAAGAUGUUCCGUAAUCAAUACGAUAGUGACGUGACCGUUUGGAGUCCGCAGGGACGACUUCAUCAAGUCGAGUAUGCCAUGGAGGCAGUAAAAUUAGGUUCAGCUACAGUAGGUUUGAAAAAUAAGGACUAUGCGGUGUUAGUAGCCUUAAGGAGGGCAUCAUCAGAGCUCUCGUCUUCACAAAGAAAAAUUAUUCCAAUCGAUGAUCAUUUGGGAAUAUCAAUUUCUGGAAUCACUGCAGAUGCUAGAGUACUGAGUCGCUAUUUACGCACUGAGUGUCUUAAUUACAAGUACUCCUAUGAUGCCGCAUAUCCAGUGUCAAGGUUGAUCACAAAUCUUGGUAAUAAGAUGCAAAUCACUACACAACGUUAUGAUCGUAGACCAUAUGGUGUUGGGCUGCUCGUUGCUGGUUACGAUGAAAUGGGUCCACAUAUAUAUCAGGUUGUCCCAUCUGCAAACUUUUUUAAUUGUAAAGCUAUGUCUAUUGGUUCACGCUCUCAAAGUGCACGCACAUAUUUAGAACGCCAUUUAAACUCAUUUGCCGAUUGCAGUAAGGAUGAAUUAAUUUGUCAUGGCAUUCAAGCUAUUCGCGGUUCAUUGCCUAAUGAAGAGUUAGGAGUAAAAGAAAAUCAGACCGCGGUGUUGAAUAUAUCUGUAGCUAUUGUUGGGCGCAAUCAACCCUUUAAAAUACUUGAUGAUGAAGAAAAUACAUUUUAUUUAAAUAUGGCUAAAGAAAGAGGUGCCGCUGUCAUAUCUUCACGCUCUCAAGACGAUGAUUCUCUGCCACCAACGGGAGAUGGCGAAACACAAGACCCUACUGUCCAUGAUCCUAAUGUAGCCAUUGGCACAAUGGAACAUUAAUAUUAUAUACAGUACUUUAAAUAUAUUUCCCAUAUAAAAUUUGUGCAGGAUUAAAAUGUAACCAAGAUUUUAUUUUCAUUCUUCAAUAUUCAAGGGUCGAAUUACCGCA